UCUCCAUCGCCGCCGGCUUAAUUGUUCUCAUUCACUUUUUGCGUUUUACAGAGAGGAAUUUUGAUAAAGAAAUACAUUUCAGUUUAAAUUUUCUUUCUCUUUGACCUUUUGUCAGUUGGGGGUAUAUAGAUAGGACAGUCGCACUGGCCUUGUCAGAAAAAAGGCAUCGUUACCCACUCGACAACUUCAACUCUCUACUUGAAAGACAUCCAAGCAAGAAUUUUUCAACUUUGAAAGCUCAUUUCCAAUGGAGAAUUUGAUGGGCUUGCUCAGAAUUCAUGUGAUCAAAGGGGUUAAUCUUGCGAUCAGAGAUAUCAGAAGCAGUGAUCCUUAUGUUAUUAUCAGGAUGGGCAGACAGAAGUUGAAGACUCGUGUAGUGGAGCAGAAUGUGAAUCCCCAGUGGGAUGAAGAUUUGACCCUAUCUAUUGCAGACCCUCAUCUCCCAAUCAAGCUUUUAGUGUAUGAUAAAGACACGUUCAGUUUAGAUGACAAAAUGGGGGAUGCAGAAUUUCAUAUCACUGAUUUUUUACAAGCUCUAAGGAUGCGUUUGGAAGGCCUCCCAAGUGGAACCAUAAUCACAAAAGUUCAGCCAAGCAGGGAAAACUGCUUAGCCGAAGAGAGUCGCAUUGUCUGGGAUAAUGGGAAAGUUGUGCAAAACAUGUUUCUUAGACUGCGAAAUGUCGAGCGUGGUGAAAUAGAAAUUCAGUUGCAGUGGAUUGACAUACCUGGUUCCAGGGGUUUAUAAUGAAUAAAACUAUGCGUGAAAACAAAUUGUACAAAUUUAUCUAUAAAAACUGAAGUAACAUCUUGUAAUUGUUGAUAAGAUUAUCAACUUUUUUUCUCUCUUCAAAAUCACCUGAUAAGAUGUUAUCACUUCAGUUUUUAUAUAUAAGUUUAUAUAAUUUGAUUUGGUUAGAAGCUGAGUUUAUAGAAGGUUUUGAGCAAUGCAAGGUUUUGAACUAGUUUUUAGAUGCUCAAACAUGGUGGUUAUAUAGGUGUAUUAGCGCUGGGCUCCCCCAGCGACCACCAUAACUGAUCGGUGAAUAAAUUAAGGCUUCUUGUUAUUGAUCAGUGACUUUGCAAUGUCCUCUACUUUCAGAGCUUGAUUAAUAGGAAGGCUGAUAAUUAAGUGA